AUGAAGUGCAAUAAUUGCAUUCUUCUCCUCACUUUUCUCUGUUCUUUUGUUGAUGCAAAAUCUUCACUAAUUUGCACAGAUGGAUUUACGCUGAUCAACAACAAGUGCUUGAAGCUGUUCAGUACCCCAUCGAACCACCAAGAAGCUGAAAAAUCCUGUAGCCGCUUUGGAGCAACACUGGUCACUGUGAAAAAUGCCAACGAUAGUCAAGCAAUAUCUACUAUCACUAAAAGUUCUGCACCACUAGUAUGGCUGGGAUUGUACUGUUUCGACAAUUAUCCUUCGAGAUGCUUAUGGGAUGAUGGAACUGGAUCAGCGCAUAUGUUCAGUAAUUUUUCGAAUGGUUUCCCUCUUGUUCAAUUGGGGAAUUGCGUCUACUACUCAACGCGCGGAGUUUUGGCUGAGAAGUGGCUCAACUCAGAUUGUGCCGGUAACAGGAUGGCAUAUAUUUGUGAGCUACCACCAACUUUUAAAGACAACUGCACCCAUAACUAUAACGGAUUCUGUUACACAAUCAGCCAGUAUGCCAAAGUGCCUCUCAAAGCACAGGAAUCAUGCCAAAAAGAAGGCGGAAACCUUGUGUCCAUCCAUUCCGAAAACGAAAACCGAUAUAUUAAUACAAUAGCUCCAGUAGUUGAUUAUUUCAUUGGUGCUACAUGGAACUUUUAUAAUAUCCUUAAAUGGAUUGAUGGUACUGAUAUGCAAUACACUAACAUAGACCUCUUGAACUCGAACCGUGUUGAUUAUUGCACAGCAAUGGCUACAAAAAGUGGAGGAGCUCACUCGACUGGUUCGUGGUACAGCGCAGAUUGUAGUAUUACUAAGCAAUACAUUUGCAAACGAAGAGCUGGUGUGCAGUGCUCCAUGACCUCAACAACAGCUAUUCCAUUCCCUGAAAUUCCAUCAAACUGCAAUGUUGGAAUUCAAAUGGCUCCUGGUGUCAUCAACUCUCGCAAUCUUUCUGGAUCGGUGAACUGUACUUAUCAGCUUGCUACACUGGGGCCUUACAAGAUAGCUUUAAAAUUCACAUUUUUCGACACAGGAAAUGAUUAUGUCACAAUUUACGAUGGUCCGUCAACCGAAAGUCCAAUUUUGGGGCGUUACAGCGGUAACAUGUAUGAAUUUACAAGGACAUCAAGUGGUAGCACCAUGGUUGUCACAUUCAAAUCAGAUGGGUUUGGCAACCAAAGUGGAUUCAACGCAGGUUUUUCAUCGAUUGUGUAUUAA